AUGACGAGACCUUUGUGUCUGACCACGGCCUUUAGGCCAACCCAUACAGGGGAGAAGCCUUAUGAGUGCAUCGUUUGCAACAAGAAGUUUUGUGCGCAAGGUAAUCUCAGGAGUCAUCUUUUAACUCACACAGAAGAAAAGCCUUAUGAGUGCAUGGUUUGCAGCCAGAAGUUUAGUUCAGGAACAGUACUCAAAAAACACCUUAAAGUUCACACAGGUGAGAAGCCUUAUGAGUGCAUGGUUUGCAACAAGAAGUUUUGUGCCCAAGCCAAUAUACCCCAUACAAAAUUUGAGCUUAAAAUGUUAAAAACUUUCCGAGUUACAGCAUACCUAAAUUUGAAAUCCCGUGCGUACUUCCCGGGAUCUCGGCAGCAUAAGGGAUCCCGCAAGACCAUCACGGGAUCCCUUGUGGCUCUUCCGGGAUCUCGGCAGAGUGCAGGUUCCCGUACGACCCUCUCGGGAUCCUGUGCAGCCCUCCCGGGAUCCCGGCUACUUAAGGGAUCCCUUAUGACCCUCUCGGGAUCUUGUGUGACCCUUACCGGAUCCCGUAAGGUCUUAAGGGAUCCUGAUCCCGCAAACCACACAAGAUUUUUAGACCUGGGCGAGUGCACGGUUUGCAACAGGAAGUUUUGUGCUGCACGUGGACUUAAAAGACACCUUACAAUUCACACAGGAGAGGAGCCUUAUGAGUACACGACCCAUCUCAGGACUCACACAGGGGAGAAGCCAUAUGAAUGCACUGUUUGCUCCAAGAAGUUUGUUUCAGGAUCUCAUCUCAGAAAACAUCUCAGUACUCAUACGGGAGAAAAGCCUUUCUAGUGCUCUGUUUGCAACAAAAAGUUUAGUAGAGGAGAUCAUUUUAGUCAGCAUCUUGGGACCCACAUGAGCCGGAGGGAAGGGGGGCUCUUUCAGGUGCAUAGUUUGCAAUAA